GCCGCAAGAAUGCGCUUCUCCUUCCUCCUUCCUCCUUCCUUCUCCUGCUCUAUAUAUACACGCACGCACUCCCCCUGCCAUGGCCGCCUCCACUGCUAAUCCCUCCCAAUUCACCCGCCCACAAAGCAGCCAUCUUUGGCUGCUCGAUCUUCUCGUACACGCACACACAUACGGUGAACUCUGGGAGAUCAGCGGGUGAGCGAGCUGAGAGAGAGAGAGAGAGAAUUGAGGGAGGAAGAGGAAGGGGCGGCCGGCGGCGAUGGGGAUGAGACCGGGGUGGGUGGGCGGGCUGGUGGAGGAGAGCUUCUUCGUGGGGUGCCCCGCGCACGAGAGCCGCAAGAAGAACGAGAAGAACAUCUUCUGCCUCGGCUGCUGCGCCAGCAUCUGCCCUCACUGCGCCCCCUCUCACCGCCACCACCCUCUCCUCCAGGUACGGAGGUACGUGUAUAAUGACGUGGUUCGCCUAGACGAUCUCGACAAGCUCAUCGACUGCUCCUUUGUUCAGCCAUACACGAUCAACAGUGCAAAGGUGAUCUUUCUGAAGCCGAGGCCUCAGUCCAGGCCGUUCAAGGGAUCCGGCAACAUCUGCUUGACAUGUGACAGGAUCCUGCAGGAGCCCUUCCAUUUCUGCUGUCUCUCUUGCAAGGUGGAUCACGUGAUGACGCAGGGCGGCGACCUGUCCAACAUCCUCUACAUGUCCGGCGAGCCGGACCUCGCCUGCUUCCCGCGCUUCGAGAACCUCCGCGUCGACGGCCUCCCCGACGACGACGACGAUGACGGCCGCGUCAUGACACCCAACUCCAUCCUCGAGGACCCACUGUACCACCACCACCACCACUACUACGGCGGCAGCGGCUCCAGCAACAGCGGCGGCGCCCGUAGCAACAACACCGCCCGUCGCGAGGCGGCGGCGGCGGCAGCGCAGGCGGCGGCCUCCGACGUCGUCCCGAGGAAGAAGAAAGGCGGCGGCGGGUCGUUCUUCCCGCAGAUCGUGCUGUCGCUGAGCAACCGGAGGAAGGGCGCGCCGCACAGGUCGCCUCUCGCGUGAUCGCCACCAUCACCUCAGCUCAGCUGACGCUGCAUGCAACAGCGUUGGCUAGUACAGAUAAUCUCGGACCAAACCCCCCUUAUAUAUGUGUGUGCCACUAUUAGGUGCUAUAUUAGUUGCUCGUUACCUACCUACCUUAAUUGUAAUCCUCCUAUGGUUAGCACUGUAGAGGGAGAGAUUGUGGUUGCGGUGAUGGAUGAUGAUGGUCUUUGGCUAGGGUCACCAUCUUUAGGGCAAGCAGUGUUUUGAUGAGACUUGAGAGGAGAGAGAGGAGAAGCAACAGCUGAGCUUGCAAACUGCCCUGUUACAAGACUAGGUAGCACUGACCUGUGGGGCCCCUGGUGCAGGGACCCAAAAGGUGGUGGCUACCAAUUUUGUACUUGUUGUAACUGAGGUUAAUUAGGUUUGCUCGCAUUCCAUUCCAUGUGUACACUUUCUAAACUAUAUAUAUCAAAUUAUCA